AUGUCUGAAAACAUUAAUUCAUCAAUUGAAAAUCGAGAACAAGAUGCAGCAAAAGCAACAGCUGAGGAAAAUACUGCAGAAAUUCGAAAAGAAUACGGAAUUUCUGAUGAUGAUUAUCCAAUACAACCAAAACAAAUAAAUUCAACAUCAACUAAAUCAGAUGAUAAAACUAAAAAAGAACCACCUCAAAUGAAUAUUCAACUACAACAUUGA